GAAGCAGCUCUUUGCAUCUCUAGUGAAAGCGUCUUUGACUCGCCAAGUUUACCAGAGGAGAAAUCACCGGGAUUUUUGCAGCAGCUUCCAGCUUCUGUGUGCAUCUCUGUGUGUUUUUCUCCAGCGGGGACUCUCCACCGUUCAAGAUUCUCAGCUCCGGAUGAGCAGGUAGCGGGCACGCGUGCGGGGCUGGAUGUUUUAGCCAACUCCUCCCCUUGUUCCUGGAGGAUCCUGGCUCUCUCUGGGACACCCUGAGCACGUGAGACCGGCGUUUCCAGCUGUGCACCAGGAGAAAUUUGCCUACAACUCUCUCUGGAAUCCACAGGGACCGAACAGCUCACUCUGCGGUGAUAUCUGAUUUGGUUGUGUUUGUGUCGAAAAGUCUUUUGAGGGGGGGUUUAGAAGUCUCUGUGUGUCUUUCGGGAAGUGCUGUGGUGGGGUUUUUGGGAGCCAGCUCUAGCGCCAGGGCUUAGAACCCAGUUCUUUCCGUGUUUGACACUCGCACGGUCGGAGCCAUGCAGCUGGAUAAUGUCACCAAUGCGGGCAUCCACUCCUUUCAGGGGCACCGUGGAGUUGCCAACAAGCCCAAUGUGAUCCUGCAGAUAGGGAAAUGCAGGGCAGAGAUGUUGGAGCACGUCAGGAGGACCCACCGGCACCUCCUCUCUGAGGUCUCCAAGCAGGUGGAGCGCGAGCUGAAAGGCUUGCAGAAAUCAGUGGGGAAGUUAGAAAAUAACUUAGAGGACCAUGUCCCAACUGAUAACCAAAGAUGGAAGAAGUCCAUCAAGGCCUGCCUGGCCAGAUGCCAGGAAACCAUUGCCCAUCUGGAGAGGUGGGUCAAGAGAGAGAUGAAUGUUUGGAAGGAGGUCUUUUUCCGUCUGGAGAAGUGGGCCGACCGUCUGGAGUCCAUGGGAGGCAAAUAUUGCCCUGGGGACCAUGGCAAGCAGACUGUGUCCGUUGGGGUGGGAGGCCCAGAGAUAAGGCCAAGUGAGGGGGAGAUUUAUGAUUAUGCCCUUGAUAUGAGCCAAAUGUAUGCGCUGACCCCUCCUCCUGGGGAGGUGCCCAGCAUCCCCCAGGCCCACGAUUCCUACCAGUGGGUCUCCGUGUCAGAGGAUGCUCCAGCCUCCCCAGUGGAGACCCAGGUCUUUGAGGAUCCCCGGGAGUUCUUGAGCCACUUGGAGGAAUACUUAAAGCAGGUGGGUGGAACAGAGGAGUACUGGCUGUCUCAGAUCCAAAACCACAUGAAUGGCCCAGCUAAAAAGUGGUGGGAAUACAAGCAGGACUCUGUCAAGAACUGGGUCGAGUUCAAGAAGGAGUUCCUGCAGUACAGCGAGGGGACUCUGACUAGGGAUGCUAUCAAAAGGGAGCUGGAUUUGCCCCAGAAAGAGGGGGAGCCCCUGGACCAGUUCCUUUGGCGCAAGAGAGACUUGUACCAGACCCUCUAUGUCGAUGCAGAUGAGGAGGAAAUUAUCCAGUACGUGGUAGGCACCCUCCAGCCCAAACUGAAGCGCUUCUUGAGUUACCCCUUGCCCAAGACCUUAGAGCAGCUGAUCCAAAGAGGGAAGGAAGUCCAAGGCAGCAUGGACCACUCGGAGGAGCCCAGCCCACAGAGGACCCCUGAGAUUCAAUCAGGAGAUUCUGUGGACAGCGUGCCUCCUUCAACCACUGCCAGUCCCGUGCCGAGCAAUGGGACUCAACCCGAGCCCCCGAGCCCACCAGCUACUGUCAUAUGAGCUAGUCCAAGGGAGGCAUCGGUCUGGGUUACAUGAAAGGGAGAAGGGGGCAUAUUUAGGAAGCUUCUCCUUGGAGAGAGGUUCUGGCUGAGACGAGACAUGAGGUGUGCUCAGUCCAACAGCCCAUAGCAGAGGAAUUCACUUUGCUUGUGGGGGGAGGGAGGCAAUGGGGGAGAGGCACCUUAGGAUGUGGUUGCCCACCUCAGCUGAGCCAUGCAAUACGGUGGUGCUGGAGAUACUUGCUUGCACCACUGUGGGGAACGGACAAUUUUAUGAGAUCCCUGACAAGAAACUAGAGACAAUUCCCAACUUCAGAGGCAGCCGCUUAGCACUGGCGGCUUUCAAGGACUUCAUACGAGCGCAGCAAUUGGCUGAGGGUUCCUACCCAUCUGGAUCUCUCCUUCUCCUUCUCUCCUCCCUCUUCUGAAGAGGUGUCCCUGCCCUGAGGAGACACCUUUCCUUUGUCCCUUGCCCAUUUCUGAUUUGCCACUGGGCUUCUGUUCACUUGGCAAUUUCCUGUUCUUACUUGCUCCAAAGGAUUAAAUAAUUUUUUUGAUUUUUUUUUAGAAGAAGAAAUCCUAUGACUUCAGGAACGGAAAACUUUAAGAAUCUGGAUUAUUUUUAGUGUUUUUCAUUUCACUGCACCUAAUAUCUGCUUUAAUGUUUUUCCUCUCAAGAGGCUCUUACUGGUUUACUUCUCGUCUUAGUUUCUGCUCACUCUAAUCAAGGCCACUGCAGUGCAGAGGAAAAUUUCACCCUUUCUCUGCACAUUAUACUGUGCAUUCAGCAGGAAACAGAGUUUCAAAUUAAAUUCUGAGCUCAUUUAUUGAAGGGGCAGUCUGCUUGCUUUCAGAAAAGAGAGGGUGUCAAGGUGGAGAGAGGAGGCACCAGAGCUAUUUUGAGAGGGUGGGGGGAAGUAAAGGAAAUAAAUAAAUAUACUUUGAAUGAAACAAACAAACACAUCCUAAAUCCAGAGCAAAAUAUCCCCAGAGUAGCAAAUCGAGUCCAUGCUAAUGUGUGGAGACAACAGCAGCUUUUGCCAUGUAAAAGCAAAAAGAAGUGAAGAGAGGAGCUGUGUGUCCCAGCACAGUUUCAGCCUGUGCAUCACAACAAACAGUUUCUGCUCACAGACAGACUCAAAAUGCCCCUGGAAAGCCUGGCACCCCUGUCCUGGAGCACCUGAGGACAGAGCGUUGUCUGUUCACAAAGAACUUUCUACAACAACUUGCUGUGGAUGGAGACAGACUUGGACUCAGUGACAUUUUCCAUCUUGAAACAGUAAUGCUCAGCGUUCACCUUGCUUUGGCUAAUGUCUGAUGACAGGAUUUUAAGAUGAAACUGCUCUAAGACAUAUUCAGAAAGUUUGGCUCUUCAAAGCUUCUUGAGGCUGGACACAUCUUGAGCAUCAUCUGCAUUCACCACCAGACCAAAUAAACAACACCUCUGCAGGAGAUGCAGCAGGGAUGCAGCAACAGGAUUGCCCCUGGGAUGCUCCUGGCACUACUACAGCAGUGACAUGUGGCACCGGUGGCUUGGAAGGCCUUUGGUGUGUCUCCUUCCAAGAGGCUGAAGUGACUCACUCAGAUCCUCCUCUGAGAAGGAAUCACUUCACAGUGCUCAGGAUUCAGAAGGGAAGCCAAAGAGAAAAAGCUUCCAAACCAAGGAUUCAACAUCAGACCUGCUGUCAGGAUCCCCAGCCACUGACUGCUGGAUCCACUGUCUGAAGGAAAGACCGGCACAGCUAUCCCUGCUGCUGUUGCUGAGUUUCCUUCUCUGUGUCCAAGAGUCCUGCUUUCUCAGGGGGGAAGCGAGCGCUGCAGGAAGACAGAGGGCAAAUCGUGCACCAAAGAGCCUCCCAUGAAGCGCAAUGCUGUGUUCAAGGUAUUGAGAGCCGGAAUGAAAGGGGGAAGCCACUUCCAACAGGAUGAAGAAAAGUCUGAGCUGGUCCAAGCAAGGAAGAAAGUGUUGAGAAUGAAAAGAGGCAGAACAGAAGAACCAAGUCUGGGCUUUGGGGACAGCGAGGAUGCUGGGCUUGUACUGACUGUUGAGAUGAUACCAUACCUCUGCAAUUUGGGGCCACUGGGACUCACCUAAAGAAAUCUUCACUAGAUUAUCAGUUAAAAAAAACUUUCCUGAUUAACCUUGCCAAAUGACUGACCCUACCUAGGCUACGAACCCUCCAUGCUGUUAAUGCUGUAACUCAUUUUUCCUGAGUUGAGGGUAGCUUCAUUUCAUGCGGGUAUCAGUUUCAAACCUCAAAGGGCUCCGGAGGUUCGGAGAAGCAUCCUGCGGUCCAGAUGCUUGUCUGAACUGCUUGAGCCUACACAACUGGGCCGGCUGUUUUGCCAGAAAAGAGAAUCUUGUGAGACAGCAGGCGAUUCCUGGAUCUGCAUGGGCCAGAGUUACUGCAAGAACCGAGGUUCUUGUGCUGGCUUUGGCAUGACUGUAUCCAUCCAGACCCAGGGAGAGCAAAAGAUGUGUAAAAGACAAGAGCUCGAGUGAGUUGAACAAGACAGUUUUGGUUCAUAUCUCAGCUGAAGAGGUCCAGUUGGUUCCUCUCUCUUCCAGAGCCAACUGUCCCAGGUAUGCGUGUGUGCGUGUCAGUGCGGGUGUAUGUGUGUUGAGCAAUCAAAUCCACCUAACUAAAUUCUGUGGUGUUUUGUUGCAUUUGAACGAAGCCAAUGGGACCUAAUGUGCAUUCCAACAAUGCUCAGCAAAAAUGUCCAGGACUGGAAAAUUAUGUAAAACCAUGUAAAGGCAGAUUCUACAGGCAUCAUCUCAAGUCAAAAUGAUGUUGAUUUUGAGGUGCUUAAUUUCCACAGUCUCUUUCAAGGGACUUGACUGCCUCAAUAGGCAUUUUAUUUUUCCAUAGACUUUCCUGUCUUUUUAAGGAAUUAGCCUGUCUGUGCUACUUGGUCAUUUGAUCCUGAGGUUUGUACAUUUUCAGCUGACUUUUUGGAAUGUGCAGAACUGAAUCUCCUGCACUGAUUUUAUGUCAAUUAUUGCUCCUAGCAGAUGGGAGCUUUACUUGUAGCACCCUGGUUUAUAAUACCAGCCUCUCCAGGAAGGACUGGUAGUUUAUUUUCCUGGGGCUGAGUCACGUGAAUGAAGAUGUGUGUAUGUGUUGUGUCUGUGAAAUUUUAGCAGAUUUCAACCACUGGAUUUUUUUUUUUUUUUCCUUAGGCAAUUUUACAUUUGACUCUGGCAAAACUACUUUAGAGUUUUUAUUUUUACUAGAGAUAUUAUUAAUUCAAACAACCUUGUACAAAAAGCAGACACAUUAAAUCACUACAGGUUAUAGGGGUUGAAGCCAAAAGGUCUUUGUAAGCCGACAUCACUUGCCCUAGAUCUGACUGUAUCAGGCAGUUUAUUCCUCAUGUGUCAUGUUGGAGUUACAAGAUCACACCAAGCCACUAGAACCUGUCAAUAGAAUAGUGCUACACUCUAUUUGCUAUUGUAGCAAAGCCUUUUGUAGAUUUAUACAAUAAAACUUUGAAAUAUGUGCUUCAA